GCCCCCCCGCCAAGGCCGCAGCUUCUCCCAGCAUCCGGUCUCCUCGGGCCGGAGCCGGGGCCUCUCCCCACCGUCGGUCCCCUCAGCCCGGGGCGCGGCACGCCUCGCCUCAGGGCGGCUGCUACCGUGAGAGGCGUCGGCCCCGCGGCCGCCAUGUUGCGGAAGGCGGGGCGGCGGCCGCUGAGGGCAGAGGCGGGUGGUGCAGCGCGCAUGCGCCUCAGCCCCGCGCUGCGUCUCCGCGGUCGUCCGAGCGAGGGAAGCGCCGCGGCCGUUCCCGCCGGGGCUGCCGCUGCCAUGGAGCUGCUCGCCCGCCGCCCGGGCCUACUGCUGGCGAUAAUGGCGCUGUCGUGGCUAGGUGGAGCGCGGGCUCAGGGUACGUGUCUGCCUCCAGACAGGCUGCAAUAUGCAGAGCUCGGAGAGAGUUUCAGCACACAGCAGAGCUUUCCUGUUGGAACCAAGGUGUCGUACAUUUGCCGGCCAGGGUAUAUGAGAAUCCCUGGAAAAUCAGUAACUCGUACAUGUGGUGAAGACUUUCAGUGGUCGCCCAUAGAGCAGUUCUGUACAGAGAGAAAAUGUAAACAUCCAGGAGAAUUAGAACAUGGUUUUAUUACCGUGACAGAUCUUACAUUUGGUUCAAAAGCUACUUUAUCUUGUGAAGGCGGAUUCAGAUUAACUGGACCUGAUGAAAUUUCCUGUGUAAUUAAGAAUAAUGGUGUUGACUGGAAUAGAGAUCUUCCUUUAUGUGAAAUAAUUCCAUGUAAACCACCUCCAAGCAUAGCCAACGGGCGCUACACGGAAGCCACUAGCUACGUUUAUCAAACAUCAGUAACCUACUCGUGCGAUGAGGUACCGAGAGGCGCCGAUCCCUUCUCGCUGAUUGGCCCAGAUACUAUUUUCUGCACGUACGAUGCGCACUCAAAUGGAGUUUGGAGUGAAGCACCUCCACAAUGCAGAGUGGUCAAAUGUGAUAACCCGAAAGUUGAAAACGGGAGAAAAAUAACUGGAUUGGGACCUUCCUAUAGCUAUAGGGACUCAGUCAUGUUUGAGUGUGAUCCAGGCUAUUUCAUGGUCGGACCGGACGUAAUUACCUGUGGAGAAGAUAACAACUGGUCUCCUCCAAAACCAACUUGUCAAAAAAUUACUCAAGGUGUAUGCGGUGCCCCAAAAAUCACAGAUGGAGUAACGAUUCAUGCAAAACCUGUAUAUAGAGAAGGAGAGUCUGUUCAGAUAAAGUGCAAUACUGAUUGUGCUUUUCCUGAUGGCGCUAAAGAGAUGACAGUAACUUGUCAAGGACGGGAUACGUGGAGUUCUUUACAAAACUGUGUAUGCGGUGGCUCUGAACGUCCUGGUUUCACUCCAUACAUAAAUCAUGGUAGAAUAAUUGAGGGACAGAAACCUUCGUAUUCUGUCGGGGAUUUCAUUACAAUUGAGUGUUACACAGGCUACACAUUGCAUGGUGAAGCUCGUAUUCAGUAUGUUGGAGAAAACCAAUGGCAUCCUGGAAUGCCAACUUGCCAGUUAAGUGUGUAUAUUACAGUCAUCAUCUGUGUGGUUGUGGCACUUGUGGUGGGCCUGGCAGCCUUCUGCAUCUAUAAGAAAUGCUGUUCACAAAACGGCUCGUAUACAGUUGAUGAGAGUUGCAAGGAAACAUGUCUUUUAAAAACUAAUGUCCCAGCUGAGAUGGAAGAAACUGCACAAAAGAAUUAAUUGAAUCUUAAAAAGGAAGCGUGACAGCACUCCAUAUACUGCCGAAUAUAAGAUCUGUAAACCAUGACUGACCUUUUUUGGGUGUGGGAGGGAAUUCACAGUUGAAUAUGCCAAUCAGAAAUGGAAAAUGAUUGCACUUGCAUUGAGUUUCUGUAGACAAAUAUCUUGUGCUAUGUCUUACACUACUGAUAACUGGAGUAGGAGAUCAUUACUAGGCAUACAUAUAUGCUUUUCCUUAUGGGCCAUUCAUAUUGUCUUUUCUGUGUACGUGAAACAGACUUAAAGGCCCGUACCCAUAGCAUGCAAGAGUGGCUGUGUCGGCGGGAGUACUGGACGUUGUCACUGUCACAGUGCCAGCUGCUGCCUGCUGCCUUCAGUGCUGCCUCUUUUCUUACAGAAGACUAUCCGGUAUUAGUUCUGCUCGCUAAAAUCCGAAUGUGUUUCAUGUUCAUUUUUGUGGUUGAGGUGAUAUAAAUGAUUAUGUUGUCUCUUGUAUUCUGAAAUGUUUUAUUAUUCAUUAAGAGAUUGGUGCCUUUUAAGGCUAUGUCUUUUUUUAUCACAGUUUAGAUCUUAUAUAUACUACCUCCUUGUUUGGCAAAGUUGGUUUCUGUAUAUCUAAUGAAUUAAAAUGUGCCUUUAAAUCAGAGUUGCAUAGCUUUUCCAUUGCCUUUAUGAAGGAAAAAAGCCAUAUAUAUUUCUGGCUCUUUAAUAUAGUCCUAGAAAGACUACAGUGCAUUUGUUGGAAUGGAAAAUUGACAGUUUUGUAGCAAAGGUAUCCUCUGCCUUUGAAUUUGUUGGCCUAUUGACAGAAGAUACUAAUUAAAGGAACUGCAGAGAAACCGGUGGUAGCCAUCUCCUACCAGGAGCACAGUAGAAGUUCCUUAGGACGCUUGAUUUUUCUUGAGCCUUGAUGUUAGUUUUGGAGAUAAUUUUGUUGCUUUUUGGGGUAGAAAGGGCGCUAUAUGCAUCGAGCUUCCUUGCUUUUUUUAUUUGAAAUCAUGUAUUUCACAUACGGCAUUUUAAAUCUCUGUACACAGAUUAUGAUGCUAAAUCUAUCUCUGCAAUGCUAGAUUUAGCGUCUGGUAUCUGCUGGGAAACAGAAGCCUUUCCCUGUCUGACUCCCUUCUCUUUUCACGUUCAAGGAAGACCAAAGCGGGUUAGCUGGGGGAGUGGAGGAGCGGGUGUGCUGGUGGUGGCAGUGGUUGUGGUCUCUGUAUGUAGCUGCUUGCUAUCGCUUCGGGAUGUGUUUUAGUCGAGCCUGUGGCUCCAGGAGCUCCCAUCACAGCGUUUGCCAUGGAUUGAGACUCAGUCGUCCAUUGAUAGCUGUUACUUCAAAUGCACACUUGCUCUUCCUAAUUCCUUAUUAAAACCAAAAGCUUAAUUAGGGCAGGUUGUGGCUUUGUGAAUCUCUGAGUUUGCUGUCAACAUAAGAACCAAUUUUCCCAGAAAAACCAAAUGGCCUCACUUCAGAUGGCUGAGGCAGCAUUUAAACUAUUCUUUCUUGUCUGUGGUGGAUUGGCAGUGCUCUCCGCCGUCGGGAACACAUUGUUUGAAUAACGCUAUUUAGGACUUUCUAGGGCUUUUUGGGACAAUCCCAGCAGUUGUAUUGUUAAGAGUUCAUAAUAGUCUCUGGUUAUUAAAAAGGAGUUUUGGCUGCACAGAAUGACUUGCUGCUCAUUGGCUAGCCAAUACCUAGUUUGAUAAUUGUUUGUAAAUACUAUGAUAAUAUACUGGGAAUUCAGUGUGGUGGUCACUAGACAGCUUGAUUAUGUGUGGCAUCUUUAAUGUUUUAAAAUAUGCUGAAAUGCACUUAAUGCUGAAGUGAAAUAACUGUAAAAAAUGGCCUUAUUUUUACGCUUUUUUCCAGAUGUAAAGACGAGUGAUGACUUGUAAUAUUACAAAUAAAAAUGUUAAAUUACG